GCUACCACCGCCGCCUUUCGAGCCUCGCUCUGGCUCCAAGAUGGCGGCCAUUGUGAAAACGGCCUAACUGGGCCGACGCGUCUUUCCCUGCUUUCGCGACCUUGUCACGUGACGCCCUCCUCCAAGAUGGCGGCGCUCUGGUGGCUGGCGCUCGGCGGGGUGCUGCUGCUGCUGUUGCUAUGGCGACGGGCGCGGCCUAGCGGCUCGGAGACAAGCCUGGCUGCCGCGGUGGUGGUGCUGGGCGACCUGGGCCGCAGCCCCCGCAUGCAGUACCACGCCCUGUCGUUGGCCCGUCGAGGCUUCCGUGUCGCCUUCCUCGGCUACGCGGGUACGAAGCCACACAGCGACAUCUUGCAUAAUGAAAACAUACAGAUAGUGUACAUUCCAGAACAUACAUCGUGGCAAGUUGGCCCCAGAGUUUUGCAAUACAUUGCAAAAGUGAUUAUUCAGACUGUCCAGCUGUUUUACACGAUGCUGAAGAUAGAGAAUCCAGGCUAUGUUCUUCUCCAGAAUCCUCCGGGUCUGCCCAGCAUAGCUGUUACCUGGGCGUUUUGUUUCCUGUGCGGAAGCAAGCUAAUAAUUGACUGGCACAACUACGGGUACACCAUAAUGAGCCUGACGCACGGAGAAAGACACCUGUUAGUCCGGAUCGCUAAAUGGUACGAGGAACAUUUUGGCCGCCUGUCCCACUAUAACAUCUGUGUGACCAAUGCGAUGAAAGAGGAUCUGGAGGUGAAUUGUAACAUCAUAGCGAUAACCCUCUAUGACAAGCCAGCGUCUUUCUUCAAGGAGACGCCGUUGAGCGACCAACAUCGGCUCUUCAUGAGGCUCGGCAAAGACUACGUUCCAUUUAAAGCCCGAUACGCAGCAGAGCCCAUCGCACCAGGCGACGGCGACAAGAGAUCAGCCUUCACGCAAUGGGAGGCCCGAAGUGGACAGGUGACCCACCUCAAAGACCGGCCGGCUCUCCUGGUCAGCAGCACCAGCUGGACAGAGGAUGAAGAUUUUUCUAUCUUGUUGAAAGCUUUAGAAGAUUAUGAGCAUUAUGUCGGCGAUGGAAUGAAACUUCCUCCUCUGGUGUGUGUGAUCACAGGCAAAGGGCCUCUGAAAGAGCAUUACUGCAAGCUGAUUGCAGCCCUGCACUUCAAGCAUAUCCAGAUCUGUACUCCCUGGCUGGAAGCAGAGGACUACCCCCUGCUUUUGGGCUCGGCAGACUUGGGCGUUUGCCUCCACAAAUCAUCCAGCGGCUUAGAUCUGCCCAUGAAGGUCGUGGACAUGUUUGGUUGCUGCUUACCCGUGUGCGCGGUGCAGUUCCGGUGCUUGCCCGAGCUGGUGAAGCACGAUGUGAACGGUUUGAUCUUCAGAGACUCGAGCGAACUCGCCGGGCAGCUGAAGAUGCUUUUCUGGGAUUUCCCUACUGCAGAAGGCAAGCUUAAUUUAUUCAGAAGAAACCUUCGGACGGAUAAGCAACUGCGGUGGGACGAAAGUUGGGAACGGACAGUAUUUCCUUUGUUCAGCCACAGUUGAUUUGCUAACCUUACGAGUAACUUUAUGACUCAUCUAUUCCCCAAUUCUGUAAUUUGUGUUGGUAAAUUAAAGGGAUUUAAAAAAAAAAAAUUAACAGUUUUACAUGAAUAAAAAAGGCAAACCUC